AUGCAAAACUAUACCGAAGAAAGAAAGUUAGUGGUGGCAGAAAACAUUUCUGAGGCUGAGGCUGAAGAUGCCAUUGAUUUUAAUCGUGAAUCAACGGAUAUACUCUUAGGUAAACGUAAAAGCCCUUACAACGCUUUUACGGAAAAGUUGGCAGCAACUAAGAAAAGGGAUGCUACUGCAGGUGUUCAGUCCAAAGGUUCAAUCGCUUUUCAAAAAGAUGCAUCCAAGCUAUAUAAAGCAUUGAACCCUGCAGAAAAAGCGGCGUUGGCAAGGGAUCAUCCACCCGUGAAUAAGCUUACUGGGAAACAAAAAUCAUUUCUUCAUUGUAGAGGAGUCCAGAAGAUGGAAAAAAUGAUGGAUAUCUACAAUGCUCAUUGUGAUUCGGAGUUCUUCUUGAUCAGUAUGUUUGAAGGAAUCAACGAAUCCACUGGUAAAGGUCGUGUUGUAUUGUAUUCGAACUCUGUUGGAGAGCACUGUUUUAGUCUGAAAAACAAGAUGGGCAGCGAGUUGGCGGCUUUCUUGCAUAAGAGCAGGUAUGAUGCGAACGAGAGAAUAUCUAAGCCAUAUAAUCAGAAGGGCAAUCUCUUGAGAAAAGAGUAUAGUCAAAGAAUUUCGGAGCUGUAUUAUACUCACCCAAGCGCGAAAUUUGCUAAAGCAUUUCCAUUCCGGAAGUUCAAGGAUCAAACUGCUGAUCGGAAGAUGUUAGGGUGGCCCGAAAAUGUCCUAGUUAGAAGGGCCGAUGAGCAAACAUCUGGCCAAAUGCACCUCGUCCUUGAGGCAAUCAAAGAAAAUAAAAUUUAUUUUGCAGAAGCAGUUGAUACAACUCCAGCCACGCUGGAAGUUUCUUCGCCUGACCUUACCCAUUAA